CUGCAAAUCCUCUGCGUUCCAGGUGAUGUUGUGACGAAAUCCGUUGGACGUGGUGCGGAACUUGCCUUGUUCGUGAGGUAACAAUGUCUCAUUAAUGAUAGCACCUCCCUCUAAAGUCCUCGCGCAACUGAGAGAGACACGGGACUUACUGUGGACAAGUGAAUGGAAGUGUGAGUUUGUGAACGGCCGCUUAGCAAGAAUGGACAAAGGCACCGUAGACCAGUAAGGAAAGAGAAAGAGUUUGUGCGUAGAGUGCCAGCCGCAAGGGUCAAGAUGGGGGGAGCCGUGAGUGCAGGCGUCGACAACGAUGAGCUGGUCGACAACCUCAAGGCGGCCAACUACAUCCGCACACCCCUCCUCGAGCGUGUCUUCAGGGCCGUCGACCGCGGGGAUUAUUUCACCUCGGAGAACCGCGAGCUGGCGUACCGGGACAACGCUUGGAAGAAGGGAAACUUGCACCUCUCGGCUCCGUGUAUUUAUGCAAAGGUAAUGGAGGGCCUCCAAUUAGCACCAGGGCAGUCCUUCCUCAACCUGGGAUCUGGCACUGGGUACCUCUCCACCAUGGCCGGUCUCAUUCUAGGUCCCUAUGGAAUCAACCACGGAGUAGAACUUCACGCUGAUGUUGUUAGUUAUGGGCAAGAACGACUAGAGCAUUUCAAGAAGAACUCAGCAGCAAUUGAUGCAUUUACCUUUUGUGAUCCCCAGUUUGUGCAGGGUAAUUGUUUAUGCCUGCCCCCUGAUAUGCGCCUGUAUGAUCGAGUGUAUUGUGGAGCCUCUUGUCCAGAAAGUCACGAAAACUAUAUGAAGGGACUUAUAAAUGAAGGAGGCAUAUUAGUCAUGCCGCUGAACGACCAGCUGGUGAAGAUUACACGCAAAGGACCAAGCUCAUGGGAGGUGGAGUCUCUGCUGCCCGUUUCAUUUUCGUCGCUGGUCAUGCCGGACUCCAGCCAUCCGCCAUCGACAGUGAAUCUCCCUACUGCAGAGCUCAUGGACCUCCAGGAAAUCUGCCGUCAGGAACUUCGCUCAAUAUUACGAACCAAUAUCGAGAAGGAGCAUCCAAAUUUGGUGACCGCUGCAAACAGACCAGUACAAAGACAGCAGAGGAACCGCGACCGCCGACAGAUAUGCCGCAUUGUUGUGCCCUAUGCCCCUCCCGUGCCCUUCUACGAGUCGGACGACGAUCCGAGGAUGAUGUCUGAUGAAGAGCCUGAAGACAGGGAUGACAGGGACACUCUGUACGUUGCUCAGCACCACACUGCAAAUCAAAUAUCUGCUGUGAUUGACUUAGCUCGUAGUCUUGCAGGACAGAGGAGGCUAGAGAGGGAGAGCGAGGAGAAUGAGGCCAGACAGAAUGAGGAGGAGGAGGAAGAGGAUGAGGAGGAGGAGGAGGAUGAAGAGGAAGAGGAAGGGGAGGAAGAUGUGGAUGGACUGAAAGAAGAAGAGCAGGAGGAAGAGGAAGAGGAGCAUGAGGUGGAUAGCGCUCCCAGCUCACCAGGUAACGGCAAAAUGAGUAAGGAGCGGAAAUUAUUUCGAGGCCUAACCAGGAAGUCCUUCUUGAAAGACAAAAGUCGCAAGGAAGCUGGAGUCGAGGAAGUGAAGGAAGAAGAAGUAGGAGGAGCAGAAAGUGCAGAGACACAAGAUGAUGUAUCGUCGUCAGUCCUAACAAUGCCCCAGUCUGAUCCAAUUCCAAUGACUUCUACACCAGUGAUGUCUGUAAAAUCCAAUAAAAAACGUGAGAAAUUUGACAGUGGCGUAGGUGAUGAAAUAGAAAACGGGAAGGGACCAAGUUCAGAAUCUGACGCAGGCGAUGAAGACAUAGACAUGGACAUUGAUUCUACGGAUUCUGAUUACUCCGACAACUCGCCCCCAAGGACCAAAGUGACACGUCUGCUGGAUGCAGAUGACCCGUACCCGAGUGGAAAAGACUGCAGGGGACAGUGGAAGCACAGAAAGGAAGACGACGAGACCAAGGAGGGACCAGACGAAAACGAAGGCUCCGGCAGCCCUCCGUCCCCCGUCGAGUCUUAUUCAACCUUGAUGAGAGAGAAGAUAUCUCUGUUGCCACUUCCUCAAGCCCUCAAGUUGUACCUGAAUUACCAUAGGGAAUUGUAAGCUUGAUCUGUGAACAGUUCCCUGCAGUAAGAUAACCAAGUCCUAUUACUCCUAGUACCUCUCUUCCAGAUGUAUUUACAUAAUCUAUAAUACACAAAUUUUGGAAGAAAGUAUAUAAACAGUGGAUGGACCUAGCAAGUGUCACAUUUAAAGGUAAUAAGCCAGUGCAAUUACAGAAUGCAGAUCCCACAGAAGUGGGUUAACGUAACUGCAUGUUUACCGAUCUACUUUUGCUUUUUGUUAUUGUAUAGUAGAUAAAGCAUUAAUCUGUGUAAUGACUUGAGUGUCUGAGGAAUGAUUUCUUGCAUGAUGCUUUAUCUGAUACAGAAGUGAGGAAAGGGACAGAUGCUACAAGGAACAGCAUUUUCUUCGUCAUUAUUGGCAUCCAUUUGGCAAAACAAGAGGAAAGGAAAAGAAGCGAGACCACAAAGAAACCUGAAUAAUAUUAGUCAGUUUUAGGAGGUAAGCAGCUGUGAAGCAUAAAGGGAAAAGGAAGGUUUGAAUUCCGUCGUCAAAAAAAAACAAACAAACAAAAAAACUAUUUUUAUACAGCAUAUAUAAACAGUGUCUGCAGUGACUCCCCCUAAAGAAAAAAAAAAAAAAGUAAAAAAACACAAAACAAAAGAAAACAAUAAAAAAAAUAUAAGGCUAUCAGGAAGCACCUUGUAAUGAAUCAAACAAGUGUAAGAUGUUAUUUGUUUAUUGUUUUCAAUGCCAAAAUAAAGAAAAAAUAAAAAAAAAAGUGUAGAAUGUUGUGUUAUAGAGUAAGAGUGUCACAACAACAGGAGAUUGCAAAGAUUUUUGUGUAUCAGAGUUAGGGAAGUGUUUACUCUUGAUUAUAAAUCCCACGUGAUAGAUUUUUUUUAUUGUAGUUUGGGAGUAUAUAUAACUUGAUAGUGUGAGUUUAUUUUCCAUAAAUGCAUUGAUUGUGAAAAAGAAAUGACUUCUUUUAAUUACUCAUCGGGAAGUUGUUUUUGGAUCAUGAAAUAGCUACUCUGGACGUUUUGUAUCCAACGAUUCCACUAUCUCAAUUAGAGGAACGAGUGUAAGCUCCAGCACGAAAGUAUUAUUAACCAGUUUUCAACAUAUCUCACAGUUACAGUGCUGAGAAGUGUUUUUGUUGAUCAUUAUGUCAGCCUAAUAGCAGAGUCUACAAUAGAAGAGAUUGCUCAGGCAUCUUUGGGCAUUGUGUCAAGACAAAUGUUAGUUACAAGGAGCUUGACUAAGACUUGAAAAAGAGUCUUGGGUAAAAGGGCUACUGACAUACCUCGGGUCAAGUGAAUGCUACAUUAACAGGCUUCUUUUUUUUUUUUUUUUUUUUGUAAUUAUCCGAGAAUCGGAAGAAUACAAACACAUUAGUAUGUACUUUAUAAUCACAUGUUUUUCAUUGCAUAUUCAGUACUCUUGAUUGAUUAGGGUAUUUCGAGUUGGAUGUUAUGUUGCCUCCAAUAAGCCAGCCAAUUUGCAACCCUAUAUAUAUAUAUAUUAUAUAUAUAUACUUAUUGAUAAGGAAAAUAAGAUAAGUAAAAGUAAAAAUAAAAAAAAGAAUAUAUAUAUAUAUAUAUAACAAUACUAAAUAACAAUAUAUUUAAAUAUGUUUGGUAAGCUCUCUUAUAGCCACAUUGCAAAUUCUGUUGAUAUGUGUGGACAUUGUUUCAAGACUUCUGAAGCUGCAACUAUUCAACCAAGCACAAUUAUGGGUAAAUUUCUAGUGUAGAUCCACAUCUUAAAAUGCAUUGAAUUUGGGAUCAGUGGAUUCCUCAUGUUUAGUGUGCAUUUAUAGUAGUGUUAGUUGGGGUAGGCAACAUUAACAGAUAUUCGACUUGAUAGGUCUGGAGGGCAUGAGGGAACCCUAAGGGAGAGCUUUGGGGUAAAAUUGGCAAGAUUUUAGUAUGGGCAAGGGGUAUUUGUGGCAUUUGUGUUUGUCAUUGUUAGGAGGCUGUGGCUACUAACCCCCCCUCCCCACCAACUCCCUGCUUGAAAUGCGAAAUCUUCUUCACGUCUGACUGGCACGGUGAGCCUGGAGGGGUCUGAAUGAUGUGCCGAUAUUAGCGAGGUCUCGAUUCAGACGAGGCAGUGGCUUGGCAAGCUAAAAUGUCAGUCUUGCUUAGUCCUGGAUUGAUAUCAAAUUCAAUGGGGUUUGAGAGAAGGACCUUUUUCUAGAAAGUUAUCCAGUUAUGUACUUGAUAUCAUUCCAAAAAAAAAUAUGAAGUCGUCAAAUGAGAUUCAUAUGGUUUGAAUUUUGUUUAUUUAUUUUUUAGAAAUAUUUUUUUUUUUUUUUUUUGUCACACCAACAUCGAAGGUCAUUAGUGUCUUCCAAAAUCAGUAGGAUUGGCAUUCAUUUAUCUGACCGCUUCCUAGGUGACUUUGAGCAAGGCAGUUGUCAUAAACUCAAUCUAAUGAAGGGGGGAAGGGGAGGGAAAUGAUAAAAUCAGAGGAAAGCAGAGGAUUCUGCGUGGUAUCUUACCUUAUCCCCCCUCUCUCCCUUCCCUCUUUCCUCCCCCCCUUCCCUCUCUCCCUCUUCUCUCCCCCUACCUUCCCUUCCCUCCCUCCCUCCCUUCCCUCCCUCCCUCCCUCCCUCCCUUCCAUCCCUCCCUCCCUUCCAUCCCUCCCUCCCUUCCAUCCCUCUGACUUUUACCCCUCCUCCUCGAAUAUAUAUAUUUCCAAUAUGUAUAUCCAUCUCCAGAUUCUUUGCCUCCCCCCUCUCUUUGUAUCUGUUUUUACCUGUACUAAUACAUCUUAUUUAAGGUGUCCACUUGUUUGUGCGACACAUUGUGACUUAGCUGACUAGUUGGGAGGCUGAGUGUCAACUUUUAUCCCCACUGUUAAGGGAUAAACUGGUGUAAGAAUGUGUUUGUUAUUUUUGCUUUUUAUCCUUAUUAUGUGUGUCCUAUUUCUUUCUGUUUUCAGUUGUAGCAUUCCAGACCAUGUAAAAGGUUUAAAAAAUUUGUCUUCUUUUUCAUGCAUUUUUUUCCUCUCUCUUUUUCCGAGCUUUUUUUUUUUUUUAAACAGAAAUGCCUCUUUUCAUUUUUGAUGAUGAAUAUGUUAACGUCUGUUCCUUGGAAACAAUUUAUAUAAGUGACAAAUUAAACAUGUAGUGAUUUAGUGGAAUCUGUUUUCACUAUUAGUCAAGUGAUAUAAUUUUAAAUAAACCAAAGCUGAAUUUU